GUGCCGCUGCGGCCUUCGCGACUCGCGAUUAAAAAUAUUUCAUUCAUUGUGCAUUUUAUUAUGAAAUUACGAUAUUAAUAUUAAAAUUGUGUACAUACUUAUAACUUAAGUAAUAAUAAGGAUUAUGGCAUCUUUUCUACGACCGAAUGUAUUAUUUCGACAUUUAAAGCGACCAUUACUUCAAAAUACACGCAAUUCUGGAUAUGUCGUACUGAUACCUGAGAUAGGUGAAGAUUCAGAAAAAAGUGUAUUGCUCACUGAGAAUGGUUUGCCAGAGUUUACUGACAUUACAAUCGAGAAGUGCAUCGCAGCCAUCAGUCAGCUAAGUUUGGAAUAUGAGAAUGGAGUUAGGCAAAUAGAAGAUGCCUGUGGCAACUGCAAGAAUGCAUUUGUUGAAGUAUUUCAACCACUUGAAAAGUUAGACAACCAAUUAGAAAUAACAUGGGGUGUCGCUAAAACUCUUUACCUUGGAAAUAGUUCAUUAAUGCCCACAAAAUCAUACAUUCAAAUUCAUAGUCGUGCCCACAAAGCAAGGGCAGCAAAAUUUAAUAGUGUACCAAUAUACAAUGCUGCAAUAAAUGAAAAGAAUAAAUUAAAAAAAUUGACUGAUGAAGAACAAAGGUUGCUUGAUAAAUACAUACUUGAAGGGAAACUUAAUGGUCUUGAUGUGAAGGGCUUGCAACGGGAACAGUUAAACAACAUUUUAAAUUCAUUGCAAAAAGAAAAACAGAUCUUUCGAGAUAAAGUAAACAUGGCUACAAAAAUAUUUAACAGUACAAUAAGUGAUGAUCAAGCUAUGAGAGAGUUCCCUGAGAGUUUGGCUAAAGCAAUGUCUGUGAAUAACAAUCCACAUAAAGGACCAUGGAAAAUUACUUUGCAACCACAUAUCUUUGAACCUUUCAUGCAAUAUUGUUCAGAUAGGUCCCUGAGAUGGAACACUUGGCAGGCGCAUGUACAGCGCUGCUCUGGGUACGGCAACAAAGACUUGGAAACAAGUACACAUCUAGAAAAAAUACGCAGCUACAGACAAGAUCAAGCUAAAAUGCUGGGAUUUGAUAAUUUUGCUGAUAUGAGCAUGGAAACUAAAAUGGCUGGCUCUGUUGAGAAUGUAUUUGAAACUCUUGAUACAUUACUUGAGAGUGCUAGACCAAUACAAGAUGUGGAAAUGGAGUCCUUGCAAAAGUAUGCCACUGACAGAGGGUUUGAUAAGAAACUGGAACCAUUUGACAUUCCUUACUGGCAAAGGAAACAAAUUUGGUCUCUGUAUAAUUAUGAUGAAGAUAAAAUUCGUGAAUAUUUCCCGCUUCCUAAAGUGAUCAACAGUUUGUUUAAUUUAUGUAGUUCUCUCUUUGACAUCCAGAUAGUUGAAAAGUCAAAUAUACACACAUGGCAUAAGGAUGUCAAAUAUUAUGAUAUUUAUGAGCAGAACAGUGGCUCUCCAAUAGCUGGCUUCUAUUUAGAUCCAUACACACGUCAAAAUGAAAAGAUAAGAGUGUAUGAUGAUGCUGGUUGGCAUGUUGCUAUUCGCAACAAAUGCGGCUUCACAAAUACAGACCCACUGUCUGCUCUCAUAUUUAACUUUCAAGCUCCCGGUCCCAGCGACCAAUCAUUACUGACAUUUAAGGAAGUAUGUGUACUAUUUCAAAGAUUUGGACAUGCUCUACGUCAUCUACUAACCAAAGCUAAUUACUCUGAAGUGGCCGGAUUAUCAAAUGUUGAAUGGGAUGCAACUGAAGUAUGUGGACAUGUGAUGACACAUUGGUUGUAUGACCCACACACAGUCAAAGCCAUCAGUGGACACUAUGGCACAGGGGAGCCUCUACCAGAUGAUUUGAUUCAAAAUUUACGCAAAGUUCGUAGCCAUAUGUCAGGCUAUAAAUUAUGUGAAGAGUUAUACUUAUCUCGUCUUGACUUAGAAAUUUACUCACAAAAGACAUUUUGGAGAGAUUUAGUCAAGGAAUUGUGGCCAAAGUAUCAUGUACUUCCAUUUGAUAAAUACAAUUCCCAUCUUCUAUCAUUUACGAAAAUAUUUUCUGAAGAAUGGGCUGCUGCAUAUUACUGCCAUUUGUGGUCCAAAGUUAUAGCAGCUGAUAUAUAUAGUGCAUUUGAAGAGGCAAGGCAGAAUGAUCAGGAUGUGGUGACAAUUGGGGCGAGAUACAGAGACACCUUCCUUGCUCUUGGUGGCAGUUGCCAUCCCAGUGAGGUGUUCCGUAGGUUCCGUGGCAGAGACCCCUCCACACAAGCUCUAUUGAACAAUCUUGGUCUGUCCACAAAAAUAACUGAAGAAAAGUGAGCAUGUUAACAGACCACAAUUAUAUUAUUAAUCAGUUGAGAUACAUUUGGAUCUUAAUUAAUCAAAAUUGAUUUGACACUGAAGAAUGUAUGUCAUUGGUUUUUAAUUGUUUUUUGAUGGUUGUACCCGAAAACUAGUUGGUGAUAUUAAUAAUAUUUAUUAUUAUUUAGUGUGACAGAUUAUUAUUAUAUUAUUUCAAUUAAAGUUAUUUUUAGUGAUA